GCCGUUCAGCGUGCAACCUUUGCCACCCACCCUACGUUUUCAACCGUAGAUGCUGCCGAAGUACAAAAGUUUAGCGACAAGUCAGCCGAGUGGUGGGACCCUGAGGGAGAGUUCUCUAUGCUCCAGCUACUCAACCCACCCAGAGUUGCAUAUGUACGCGACCAACUAAACACAAAUCCAGCUCGUCCAUCAAAGCCCUUUGAAGGCUUGCGUAUGUUGGAUAUCGGUUGCGGUGGAGGUCUUUUGUCAGAGUCUUUGUGUCGCCUUGGAGGUACUGUGGUAGGCGCAGAUGCUUCUGGAGACAACAUCAAAAUGGCAAAACUUCACUCACGUAAAGAUCCAAUGUUGUGGAAAGGACCGGGCAAGUUGGAUUACAGACACACCACAGCAGAGGAUCUACUGGCAGCAGAAGAGAGCUUUGAUGUAGUAUUGGCCAUGGAGAUCAUUGAACAUGUCAACCAACCUCUGGAUUUCUUGCGUACAUGUGCUCAACUCACUCGUCCUGAUGGCCGCCUGUUUUUGUCAACCAUGGGACGGACGCCGAUUGCUUAUGGACUGACCGUCCUGUUGGCUGAGGACAUCCUUGGCUUGGUCCACAAGGGCACCCACGACUGGAGCAAGUACAUCAAGAGCAAAGAACUAAUUGAUGCAGUACACUCCUUUGGUCAGGAGUGGGUGGUUGAGAGUGUCCGGGGUAUUCGCUGGGACCCAAUUCUGCGCAAAUGGCAUGUA